AUGUUGCACACCUCAGGUUCUAUUUCAAGCUUUUUCACACUCAAGAUAAAUCAAUGGCGUUCGUUCACAAAUACGGUAUCUGGAAGGUCAAACAUAGAUGGGCUUGUGGAUCACUUUGAUUUUGUGGACAUGGAUGUGUUUUCAGUCCAUGAGUUAGAUGAUGUGAUGGCAGUUUUAGGUGCUGGAGGUUCUAAUAGAGCUUCGAUACUGGUGGCAAACGAAUAUCAUCACUGGUCUAAAAGAAUGGAGAGGUAUCUACGAAGACUUAGAGGAGAUGUUUGGAGAUCUGUAGAAGAAGGACCCCAUGCCAUAUUCUUACUUCAGUUCAGAAUGAUGGCACUCAAGCUAGACCGGGAGGAGGUCAGCCUGCCAUGA